AUGGCGGCAUGUUUUUCCAACGUGUUAAGACGCGCCAAUCACCUCGAAUAUCAGAUGCUGAAAUGCAUACGAACUGGAUUCCGGCAACGGCUGGUAACGGGGCUGCGACCAUACUCUCAUGCCAGUGCGAGUUCAAGUCGUACGAAUGGCGAAAAGUUUGGAACUAUAUCGGCGGAACCGUCGCAACGAAGAGAAGGAUACACCAAGAGAGCACCGUUAUCCACCUUGGAUCACCGUAAAUUAUCGCCCACUGAUUGGCUCGAUCUAUCUGGCCUUACCCAACCCUCUAUCAGCUUUCGGCAUAGGCUGAAUCGUGACCGUGAAUGGCAAACGUUCUAUCGCAAAUCGUCAAGUUGGCAAUUACCAUUCCCUCCACGCUCGUCCGGAUUCUUCUACUAUCACCAGCCUCCAGGCGCACCUCUUCUUUCCGGAGAACUCCGCUUUCGCCUCACUCCCAAUCAUCUUCCUGAAAGUUUCAAUCAAGGCGAAGAUUGUCUUACCCCAGAAGGAGAUGCUUGGAAGAUCCCCCUCUUUGUCCUGUAUUAUACUCCAUUUCAUCGGAAUGUGUAUCAACAGCUUCGGGUGGAUGGGUUCGUCUCCGACGCACUAGAUUCGAAGCUCAAGAGCAUCGCUCAAACUUAUAUUUGUCCUCGCUAUGGCAGCGUUAUUCUUCAUUCGCUUCACCAAGUAUUUCCUAUUGAUUUUUCAGCAACGACUUUCAGGUUCUUCGUGGUGGGAGACUCAACUUACCAAAGCGUUGUCGUUAAUUAUCUCUUCCGAGUGUGUGUUGAGCCCCGGAGGCCAUCUUGCUACACAAGUAAGGGGUUAGUACGCUUCGAGCUGUCAGCACUACCGGAGCAUGCAGGUACUAGAACGGUGGUGAUGCGUGUUGUGAAAUUAGUCGGAAAUCCAGGACCUUACAUGGGGGAAGAUCGACCACAAGAAGGAGCUCUGGUAUUGCGACAUAACCCUGCCGGCGGGAAACCGAAGCUGCUCUCUUUCAACGUUGAUCGGAAGUCACAUGUAUUUCGGUCAAAGGGCUUUUCGCAUCCAGAUGCUCUGCCUUUGCUUGUUGCAAAUACUUUCGGAAACAAGCAUUCUAGCCCUUAG